CAGUUUCAUGGGUGUGGUGAUUAGAUUGCUUGGUGAAAAUUUAGUCAAUUCCUGCCCGAGUUGCGCCAGCUCCUGGCCCUUUAAAGCUGUUAAAUUGUUUUAAAAUUAACGCAAGCUGUCUUUGCCGUUUAUCUCACAGCCGGGGCCAUGCUCUUCAUCUGAAAACGGGUCAGAGUGAUACGGAUUGGAAGGACGGACAGAGUCAAAAAAAAGAAAAAGAAAAAAAAAAAGCCUGUUUCAGGUGUCAGCUGGUAGGAGUGCGUGCGUGUGAGAGUGUGUGUGUGUGAGUGUGAGUGUGCGCGCGCGUGUGUUUUCCCAGCCCUGUCAGUAUUCGGAGCAGAGCGUGGCCUGAACGCAUCACUGAGGGACAAUGAGCGAGCUGGAACAGUUACGGCAGGAAGCCGAGCAACUACGCAAUCAGAUCCGGGAUGCCAGGAAAGCCUGCAGUGACUCCACUCUGUCACAGAUCACAGCUGGUCUGGACUCAGUGGGCCGGAUACAGAUGCGGACGCGGCGCACUCUCAGGGGCCACCUGGCCAAGAUCUAUGCAAUGCACUGGGGCAGCGACUCCAGGUUACUUGUCAGCGCCUCGCAAGAUGGCAAGCUGAUCAUCUGGGACAGCUACACAACAAAUAAGAUGCAUGCCAUCCCGCUGCGCUCCUCCUGGGUGAUGACAUGCGCCUACGCCCCCUCUGGGAACUAUGUGGCCUGCGGAGGCCUGGACAACAUCUGCUCCAUCUACAGCCUCAAGACCCGCGAGGGCAACGUGCGCGUCACCCGGGAGCUGCCAGGACACACAGGGUAUUUGUCCUGCUGUCGUUUCUUGGAUGACAACCAGAUAGUGACCAGCUCUGGAGACACCACCUGUGCAUUGUGGGACAUAGAAACGGGCCAGCAGGCCACCACCUUCACUGGCCACACGGGCGACGUGAUGAGCCUGUCCCUCAGCCCAGACUACAAGACCUUUGUGUCAGGGGCCUGCGACGCCACCUCCAAACUCUGGGACGUUCGUGACGGCAUGUGCAGGCAGUCUUUCACCGGUCAUGUGUCCGACAUCAACGCCGUCAGCUUUUUCCCCAACGGAAACGCCUUCUGCACGGGCUCAGAUGAUGCUACCUGCCGGCUGUUCGACCUGCGCGCCGACCAGGAGCUGAUGAUGUACAGCCACGACAACAUCAUCUGCGGCAUCACCUCCGUGGCCUUCUCCAAGAGCGGCCGCCUGCUCCUCGCCGGCUACGACGACUUUAACUGCAACGUCUGGGACACCCUCAAAGCCGAACGCGCAGGUGUGCUGGCGGGCCACGACAACAGAGUGAGCUGCUUAGGGGUGACAGAAGACGGCAUGGCUGUAGCCACCGGCUCCUGGGACAGUUUCCUCCGGAUCUGGAACUAAACCAACCCCCGCCCCCCUUCUCUUUUCACCGCCCUCCAACCCGCCCCCGUCCUGACCCAACACAGCUCACCCAUCUGCUCCACCUUAACCUGCUGGGCUGGACCUGAGGGGUGAACACUGUGUCAACCCAAAAUCUAACUCACCCCCCCCUCCCCAGCCCUCCUCUCCACCGGCGACCUGCCCACCUGUGAGAAAACUACCAACUCUUUCUACCUUUCCAAGAGACGUUUUUUUACCCAGCUAUUACACAACAACAAAAAGAGCUUUUCAGUCGAGUUGUCCAAUCAGAAAAAGGGUAAAAGACAAGUUAUAGAAGACAGGCGGAAAAAAAAUGAGGAGAGACAGUUUUGCCUUUCCUUCAAUUCUCAGCCAGGGGGCAACAACAAGCGCAUGUUACCAUGGUUACCAUCAAGCGAGAGGACAGUCUCUGUGUAAUAUGUAAAUGUAUAUAUAAAAACAGUAUAUAUGUAUAGCAUUAUGUGUGUAUAUAUGCAUCAUAUAUGCAUAUAUAAUGUGUAUGUAUAUAUUUUUGUAGUUCAUUUCCCACCCUAAUUGUUUUUUUUUGUUUGUUUGUUUUUUUUAAUGAUUUUGGGUUUUUGUUUUAUGUUUUAUUUCAAAUGUACAUAAUAUUCACAUUAUUACACAAGAUAAUACCAGACCUGGGUUAAACAGUCAUUGCAGAUACUAAUUGUUAGUGUUUAUUGUGUCCUUCUUUGGUAAUAGAUGGGUGGGGUUUGCCACAUCAGGACAAUUCAGUGUCAGCAAGUCGCAGCAAAGUGAAAUGAAUUGACUUUGAACUGUAAUUAUCUAAUCCUUCUGCCAUUUUUUUGAAAUGGUCUGUUUGAUAAACAUCACUCAUCUCACACCAAAAUAGGAUACAUGUUAAAAAAAAAAACAAAAAAAAAACAGUGUCUGCAAAAUGCUCUUUGGCCCACCUUUGGCUAAUACAUUCUUUUAAUUUUAAUCUUUCCUCGUGUAUGUGUGCAUGAGCGUGUGCGUGUACAUGUGUGUGUGUGUGUGUGAUGGUUACAGGCACCAGGCAUACACACACAUCCUGUAACUAAAAAAGUAGUGUACAUGUGAAUGAUGGCUGUGAUGAUGACUUCUUCUUUUUUUUUUUUUUAACAUAACUGUUGGCAAUCCUCACCACAAUCCGCAGUGUUUUCUUUGUAGAGGACGCCGCCACACUGUCGUGGGCCUUUACAGAGAAAGCCUAUAUGCCAACAAGAUAUGUUUUUUUGUUUGUUUGUUUCCUUUUGUACAUUCUAGUCUGGAUGCAGCUUUAGCUCCAAAGUACAAAGCAGUGAACUCUAGGCUAAGAUAGAAGAUGUCUGUUUCUAAUCGGAGGCCCUGUAUCGUCCUUUGGCCCCAACUUGCUGGAUCGUGGUCUCAAACCAUUCAUGCUGAAUAUCUGAAGACUACGUCCAGUCCGUGCAAAUCAACAACUAACUGUGAUUGAUAAGUUUACUCAAUAUUGUUCAGAAACGGAGGCUUUGCUUCGCGGUGGCACCGCCCGUGUCUCGUGGCCUGUCCAACCUACACUUUUAGGAUGAGACAAAGACAAGCACCACCAGAGUUGACCUUGCACGUGACAAUGAUGGAAGACUGGCAUGGCAAAGAGCCGAGGCUGUUGUGUUCCCUGUGAGCCAGCAGCACUGAGGCCCCUAUGGACAAACGGGGUCAGUCCGACAUGCGAGGACGGUGAAGGGGCCACGGCUUCGGGCACGACCAUUAAAGACAGCAGUGACUCUGCCAGCAGCUUCUGAGGUCUCGAGACAAGAAGGGGAGAGAGAAAUGCCUGUCAGAGCGUGGCCUCUUUUGUUUUUUUUUUACAAUAUAAAUUAAGGAUUUGCAAGUCCUCCCUCUGUUGCCAACAUGGUGUAAACUGAGUGACCACAUCGAACUGAAAUCAUGUUAGCCACUCUGAAUCACCCAGUGCCACCACAAGCCUGUAAAGCAAAAGAGAAAAAAAAGAGAAGAAAUUCAAGGGUUUUUGUCCACAUUUAACGCUUUGAGAGAUUUUUUUUUUUCCUCACCAAAAUCAUGCAAUGAACAGUUAAGUAUUGCUAGCUAAGAAAGUACACUCGGUAGACAGAAUUGUACACUUUAAUAGAGCGCUAGAAAUGCACACACAAACUGUAGUACAAAUGUAAAGCAACAAGCACGUGUGAUUAUUUACCUGUAGAGGUGGCAUCUCUCAUUCUGACUUUUUCUCAUCAGGUAUCUUCCAUUUUUUUUUCUUCCUUCACAGACUUUCUGUGCUUUUUAAUACACACCCAUGUGUGAAUUGGACCUACCCAUCAGCUGUUUUAAGGUGCCUCACUCUGAAACACACAUCCGACCCGCACGUGUUGGAAACGGAGGGUUUGUGCUCUGAGAUGUGGCACUGUUGCGUCUCCAUUCUGCCUUACGCCCACAGCUCAUAAUCGAAGGUAUAAAUCCUAGCAUCAACCACGGCGAUGUUUCCCUGUUCCUUUUUACACACCGAUCAAUAGAAAGGUCGCAAAGCCUGCAAUGUUUUCCGAAAUGAGAGGCACAUAGCAUUUCCAAUACUAGUGAACACUAAAGGCAUGCUUACAGACGAGCACCGUGACCACAUGCAGCUCCGUGCGGCUUCUUAAAGCAAGUGCUCCACACCACUUUUUUAUACGACCCUGCUUUCUACUACUACCUUACAGUUUGUAGUAUUUAUUAAGGUUCCUCCAGUUAUAAAUGAAACCCCUCUUUGGCAUACCGUGAUUCUGGUGACUGUUGAUUUUUGUUUUCUUUUUGUACGUUUUAGCUGCUUCAGCCUGGCUUUGCAUUAAUGAAUCCAUUUCUGAGAGAAUGUUAAGGCUAAUGGUUAGUUUUUUUGUUUCUUUGGUUUUUUAAUAGAAUGAGAACAUCCUUGAGGUGCCUAUAGGAUGUGGUAUGUGUUGCAUAUCAGUGUUGGGGGUGGGAGGGGCUGGGACUCGCUGAUAUAUGUGGAUGACAAAUAGAACUAAGUGUUACUUUCUCAUUUGUGCCAAUGUUAUCCACAGAUCCUGAGCUGUGAACUGAAAACCGGUCAGAAUGAAUACGACCCCGUCAGUAUCUCCUCUUGUGUCCAAUCACUUGCCUGAUGAAAGGAAGUGGGUUUUGUUCCCCAAAGUGUCAUUAGGUUGACAUCCGUGCUCACGAGGCUCAGGUUUCUUUUUCAGACUGAACUUGAAAGGAUGGCACGAGACGGGAGACGUUCCCGAGAAGAAACCCGACAAAGUGACGGACUCGCGUUUUGUACUUGAGGUUCUGACUUUUGACUCCAUCGCGAGCUGCGCGAGAUAAAACCACACCGUAGCCCUUAACAGCUGACAAAGGGAUUUUCUCUGUUACUGACAGUGACAAUAAGCAGGCAGUCACUUCCUCGCUCCGUGUGCAAUGCAGCAGUAUCAGCAGCAGGAACCUGGGAUAGUAACCACACUUCUUUGUGCCUGUGCAUUUUCACUCAGCCUGACUCGUGCAGUAUUCUCAUUCAUCAAAAAGGUGCUCAACCUCAUUGCAUUUCACCACACCAUUGUUUUUUUUAUUAUUAUUAUUUUAAAACUUUUCUAGUUUAUUCCCUUAAUUAAUCAGCUGAUUUCCAGCCUGCGGUUUGAAGGUAUAAAAUGCCAACUUUUAAUGCAUUAUGGCCAAAAGUAGCAUCAGUCUCACAAAUUUUUGAUUGUUGGUGGAUCUCCAAGGUUAAAUCCUUCCCGCAGCAGCUUCAUGCUUGUUUUACAACACGUCCUGGCCAUAAGGUUAGACUGUCACCCGCAGGGCCAGCUUCACAGAACGAGAGAUUGGCAAGUCCGCUUUCUCCAAGUCAGGGCAGUAUUUUGAGAACUGCAUUUGCACUACCCUCCUGAUUUGUUUCUAAAUAUGUAAGGUAUGUCCGUUUUUAUGAGGAACGUUAAAAACAGAAGAAAAAAACAGCGAACUUGAAUGACACCCCACCAAUUGAAUUAGUGUUACAACACGUGACCACCACCACCACACCACCAUCACAAUUUAAUGCACUGCCCUUUGGCUCUACUCUACUUUUCUGACAGUUUCCUUUUGAUUUCUUUUUAUUUAUUGUAAUGUGUUUUAAGCCAGUGAAGACCAGGGACUUGGUGCCAUAAUUCUCUUACAGUGCUAUUGUGUGAAAUUAUAAUCACUUGUUAUGGAAUAAUUUUUAUAGUUUUUUCACACCAGAUUAUUGUUUUCUUUUUUUUUUUUUUUUGUAUUUGUACAGUGGCUUGGUGAUACUGAUAUGUUGCCAUGAGUUGAUAUUGUAACCAAUAAAAAAAUGCUUUUAACCAAGAA